AUGUGGUUAGGACCAAAAUUUAUGGUCUGGAUUAGCAGCCCAGAAAAAAUACAAAAAGUUUUAUCAUCACAAAAGUGUUUGGAAAAAUGGAAUUUCUUCUAUCGAUUAAUGGAACGAGAUUACGGAUUAAUUUCGGGAAGAUAUGAAACAUGGGCUAAUGCGUUGGCACAUGGAAUGUUGCUGCUUGCAAUGCAUCCCGAAGUUCAAGAACAAUUGUAUCAUGAGAUUAAAACAAACAUAAAGUCACAGGAAGAAUUGAAAAAUUCUCAGAACGUCAACAAUCUUUCAUACCUUGACAUGGUCUUCAAGGAAAUCUUGCGAUUGUUGCCAACAGUGCCGAUGAUUUUACGAGAGACUUUGGAAGAUUUUGAAAUUGAGCCUGGUGUGGUCAUUCCCAAGGAAACAAAUAUAUUAAUUCACUUUUACUCCCUACAUCGCCACAAGCAUAUUUGGGGAGAAGACGCUGACGAGUUUAAACCAGAAAGAUUUCAACCCGAGCUGGUUGCGAAACGACAUCAAUUUUCGUUCCUUCCAUUUUCUUCGGGAUCUCGAAUUUGCAUCGGCUAUAAAUAUUCCAUAAUUUCACUUAAGAUAGCGAUAAUCCUUUUACUCCAACGAUUCAAAUUCAACACGUCUAUGGCAAUGAAAGAUAUUCGUUUAAGGUCAUACAUUUCAUUAAAACUUUGCACUCCACAUUUGUUAUCAAUUGAGAAAAGAAAUUAA